AUGGCACCCUCAUCAGAGACCCUACGCAACAUUGCUGACCAGGCCGAGCGCGACCUAAACAGCUACGAGGCCAAAACCGGUGCUAACAGGACCUCUCGUAACGACGAGGCCGGUGUGGACACGAGAGUAGAGAAGAAGUUCCCGGGCGCCGACGUGCGCUACGACACGGACUUAUCCACCAACGCUAGCUACAACAAGCGAAUUCCGCCCUAUGAAGGUGGAGAUAUAGAUGCACACGGCCGACAAACCCGUGGGGAGCACUUCGAAGGGGUCGGCGGCCCUAAAGACAAACUCGCGCGGGAGGCGCGGGACUUCGGCGGUAACAACGAGUUCAACGCAGCCGGUAGCCAGCGCCGGGAAGUCGGGUCGUCGGACGUGACGGAGCCAACUGGUGGAUCCGGGCAGAGCGACGCGUUCGCCCAGGGUACUAAGUAUAACCCGCGCAAGGACCAUGCCAAGGGGUCUAACUACUACACACCUGAGAGCGUGUCGGGCAGUAUUUCGGCCGAGGGAUACGAGGCCCCGGAGAGCGUGGUUCAGAGCUCGAGGGAGGCAGAGAGGUAUGAGUAG